UCAUAUCAUCAAUUCAUUUUUACAAUCUAAUUCUAAAUCUCAAUGAAUUGGAAAUUCUGUAAUUUAAAAUAAAUUUAUCAACAAUGUUAAGUGUAGCCAAUUCAUCUUUUUCAUCUACAGUUGCAGCAGCAUCAUCAUCAUCAUCAUCAACAUCCUCACUUCGUAGAAGUAUCUCAACGCCAACCACUUUAUUCUCAUUGAAAACACUCACAUCCGAGGACUCAACCUCAGGGACUAAUCGUUUAUGGAAGCAUAAUACAACACCCAUUUCAUUAUAUCGUUUGAUGAAUAAAAUAUCACCCGAAACUUUUGCCAAACAAUUAACACUUAUUGAUUGGAUCAUUUUCUCAAAAAUAAAACGUGAAGAGUUAAAACCUGGACAAUGGACAGGUUCGAUGAAACAUGUUCUUUCGCCCAAUGUUGUGCUAUUCACUCGACGAUUCAAUAUUGUUACCUAUUGGGCUAUUGACGAAAUACUUUGCCUUAAAACGCCCAAACAACGUGCCGAAAUGAUUAGCUUUUUCAUUAAAUUAAUUAAUAAUCUCAUUGAAAUUCAUAAUCUACACUCAAGCUAUGCAAUCAAAUCAGCAUUGAAUAGUGCAUCCAUACAUCGAUUAGAGAAAACCUGGAAUUGUUUAAGCAAAAAAGAUCGUCAAUGUUUUGAAAAGAUUGAUGCGUUGUUUUCCGAAUCAGAUAAUAGUAAUAAAUUACGAACAUUUAUGGAAAUGGCUGUUAGAAAUCCGAAAAAUUCAAAUUGUAUACCAAAUCUGGCCACUUAUCUUCGUGAUAUAAUUCAUAUCGAUAGCGCUUUUCCACAAAGCGAUAUACAACGAGCAAAUCUUAGGCACGAAAAACUUGAAUCAAUAUAUACUUUUAUUGAAAAAUGUCAACAAUCUAGUUAUGAUGAAAUUGAAAUUGACGAUGUACACAAUUAUCUAGUCUCAUUAAGAUAUAUUGAAGAAUUACAAAAAUUUCGUGAAGAUGAUUAUUUCAAGACAUCAUUAAAAUUAGAGCCAGAUCCUAAUCUUGAAUCAAGAAAUAGUUAUCAACAGAAAAAACUUAGCUAUUCACGUUUUAGUAGCCAUUACGAUAUCAGAGCUUUACAACAACAAAAUGAUCCUUCAUCAUCAUCAUCAUAUCAUCAACAGAAUCAAUCCACUCUAGAAUUAAAUAAUCCAGAUUAUGCCUGUUUGCUAAACAAAUCAUUCAAUGGUGAAUGUUUGAAACAUAAUAAAGAAUCGUCAAUCAAUGGCGAUUUUAAACCUGGUCAUCGAAAAACCUAUAGCCUAGAGACGAAUCUUUUUCUUUCUACCAAUAAUAAUCAAAAUGUUGCAAAUACUAAUAAUCAAUGCUCAUCUUCAUCACCAACAAACGAUAGAUCAUCAAAAAAUCUCAAAGUUAAUCUCAUUGACGAUAGUCCAAUCAUUAAUAAUAAUGAUCCCAUAAUCAAUACGUAUCAAGUUAGUCAUGUAUAUAACAAACAAGAUAAGAAACCAACGUUAGAGAUGUUGAAACGAAAAUCGGAUGAUUCUUAUUUAUCACCAAUUGGCGGUUUAACUAACCUUGAGGAUUGGAAUACCGUAUACCCGGAUCCAUAUGAACGUUGGACUUAUACAGAUAAAGAUAUCAUACAUAAAGGUUGUGUAAAUAGGAAAACCUUGUUAAAAGAUAAAAAGAAACCACCACUUUCAUUUUGGACAAAUUAUCAUCUACGAUUGACCAGUGAUUCUUUGCUUUUUUUCAAUAGUAAAUCCAAUAAUCCGCUCAAAGAGACACCGAAUCUUCGAGCAUGUAAGAAAUUUCCCCUUUUAGAAUGGACAGUUUUUGAUAAUAAUAAUCAGCAGUCGAACAAAAGUUCGAAUGUAUUCACAUUGGCCGAUCAUUCUUGUUCAACCAUAUACAAAAUUCGAACUCUAACUGAAACGGAAACCAAAGAUUGGAUUCGGUUGAUCAAACAGGCAACAAAUAAUCUUCGACAAUUUUAUAUCUGAGACAUGUGAAAUUUGUCCAUUUUUUAAAAAAUGAAAAUGUGCCUUUUUUCCUUGUCCAUUUUUAUUUGUAUGUUUGCAUAAAAAUCAUAUUUGACCACUAACA